GUGGCACAUUCAUUUGUCAUAUAGGAGGGGAAGCUAAGGUAAGGGGAAGGGAAAGGCUGGGUGAACUGAACCCUUUGGACUUCUCUGACUUCUGUUCUGUUUCACUCACAAAUAAUAGUUUUUAUGUGUAAAGCAUCACCAACUAUUCAUUCACUGUCGAUUAUUAAUACACUUUACCUGGGGUUUUACUUCCUUUUCUUCUUCAUCUCUGGUCUGGUUCAAAGACUGUUUGGGAUCCUCAAGCCUCAAGGAUUUCGAUGGCUGCCUGUAAUUUAGGUUCCUUAUAUGUUAACAUAUCAACCUUGGACUGUGCUUUAAGAAAGAGUGGGAUUUUAAGAUUAAAUGGCUUAAGAACUUGGAGUGGGAAAAAAUCACUAGAUUCUGCAGGUUUGAGAAUAUCAAGAGUGCCAAGAAAAGUUUUAAACGUGAGCACUGGUCCAUCACUGGAGACCCUGCCCGUUUUAAGUCCAGAAAAUGAGUCUGAAGAGCCUGAGAUUUCUGGUUUAAGAAGCCACGUCGUUCCAAACUCUGACGAGGUAGAAUAUCUGCUCACAAGAAUAUGUGACACGACUUCAGUUGCAGAGUUUGAACUAAAGCUCAGUGGAUUCUAUUUACAUGUGACGAGGGACUUGGCUGAAAAUCCCAGCAGUCCAUCCUCAGAAAUUUAUGCUCCUACCAGCGAAUAUAGAGUUGCUGAAGUUCCUGAGUUAAAUGAGUCUACUUCUGCACCAUCUUUGGCUUUAACUAAGCCAGAAACUUAUUCACAGAAUAUUCAGACAUUUGUAAAUAGAGCCCCAGAUGAGGGCUUGGUGAUAAUUCAGUCUCCGAGAGUGGGGUUUUUCAGGAGAUCUCGAACUAUAAAAGGGAAGCGUGCCCCGCCGCCAUGUAAAGAGAAGCAAACAGUGAAGGAGGGUCAAGUGAUUUGCUACAUAGAACAGCUUGGCGGGGAGCUACCGAUUGAGUCUGAUGUUUCUGGAGAGGUAAUCAAGAUACUACGACAGGAUGGCGAUCCUGUUGGAUAUAAUGAUGCCCUCAUUGCGAUUCUCCCUUCAUUUCCUGGGAUAAAGAAGCUUCAGUAGAUUGGUUUUCUUAUAUUUUCACACACAUAUAUAUAUAUAGAUUUUUGGUUUUUUGAAGAAAUAAGAAAGUAGGAUUUUCUUGUAAUAAUAGUGUUGUUAAACGCUUGUGUGGUAAUUCAAAAUUAUAGUUUUGCUUUACUCA